UGCAUGUCAGUCCACCGCUUUUCAUCUGCUUUUACAAACCAGGAAACCAAUCAACUACACCGUACAAGACACUGUUUGUUUUUACCCGAACUAACACCGUUACCUGUAACGAAUUAUUCGCGAAUGGCGCGAUUCACUAUGGAAGGUAGAACAAGCGAUAACGAUCUUGUUACCUAAAAAAUGCAGCUCUUACUCAUUUUCAUUCAUUUUAACAGUAAUAAUAAUUUCUGUGCACUGGACGUGGCGUGAAUGACGUGGACGGGUGUCACAGUGCCUUCAACCGUUCAAGUUUUUUAAUUUUUUAUUUCAUUUUACAAUUACCACACAACGAAGGUGGUAAUUACACCAGUAUUACCUCGAGGCUAAGAUGCAACCCCCAUUACUGAGCAAAUAUGCAGUCAACAGUUCACUUAGUAGCGGAUGUUGUCCUUAGAGCGCACAGACUUGUGGGUAAUGCAAGGUGCAGGCACGCUGGAGACUGGUGGUGAAAAAAUAGCUUCCGCAGUUCCGUCAGCUGGCGAGGGUAAAUGUUUUGUAAGAGUACACUGUUAGCAUGUUGAACGCUUGUUUCUGUCGCGUCCUGCAAGAGUAACAAGAUAACUACACCGGCCCUGCUCGUCCAGUCCUCUGUUAAAAGGUACAAGAUGAGUCUGAACGAGCAUUCACUGCAAGCACUGUCCUGGAGAAAGCUGUACCUGAGUCGAGCUAAACUGAAGGCUUCUAGUCGGACAUCAGCUCUGCUUUCUGGAUUUGCUAUGGUGGCAAUGGUAGAAGUGCAGCUGGACAACAGCUAUCCUUACCCACCUGCUCUCCUUAUCGCCUUCAGUGCCUGCACUACUGUCCUUGUGGCUGUUCACCUGUUUGCUCUGAUGGUCAGCACCUGCAUUUUGCCCAAUAUAGAGGCUGUCAGCAAUGUCCACAAUCUCAAUUCUGUGAAGGAGUCUCCACAUGAGCGAAUGCACCGUCACAUUGAACUAGCUUGGGCUUUUUCCACAGUCAUUGGUACACUGCUCUUCCUAGCUGAGGUGGUUCUACUCUGCUGGGUCAAAUUUUUACCUGUUAAGCCCAACAAGUCCAGCAAUAAUACAGUUUCAUCUGGUGUGGCUGCUGCCAUUACCUCCACCUCUAUCAUGGUCCCUUUUGGUUUAGUCUUCAUAGUCUUUGCUGUGCAUUUCUACCGCUCUUUGGUCAGCCACAAGACUGACAGACAAUUUCAGGAGCUGGAGGAGCUUUCUAACCUCACCAGGCUUCAAAAUGAGCUGGACAACAGAGGGGAAUCUUCCAUCUUGCAGUCUCCAAGCUCACAUUUCCCAUAGAAAUGUAUGAUGGAUACAGAUCUAUGGUGGAACUCUAACUCCUUGGAGUCUCUCCAAGCCAGAAGCCACAUUAUUGGUUUCUCUUCUUUUUUUCUUUUUUUUUACAGGAAUGAAGUUGUAUAUCUCACCUCUUUGUUGUGAAAUUUACUUUUGUGAAAAAAGUUGUAUUUUUAGAAGACAUGUUUGAUCAACUGUGAACUCACAAAUCUGCCAUAAUGCAUGUAACUUGAAAUUGGAGAGUCUUAACUGUGAUAGUUGCUUGAUUUAUCUCUUACAUUAUGGCAGAGGCAUCUGAACAAUAACAUGGAAUCCUGUCUGUUGCCUGCUGCACCUAUUUAACUGUUUGUCAGUGAUCACUGUGUUUGUUAAUAUAUAUUACCUUGUUGUGUUUUGUAAACCACGAGUAUUUAACUCUUUCUUCCUUGUUCACAGUGUAUAUGUUAUUGCAAUGUUCGCAAUGUGCAUUUGUAAUGCCUGUUGUUUGUGUAGACUAACUCAACAGCUGCCAAAACUACAGUAUUAUUUGAGUAUAUUUGCUGACAUAUUGUAGCAAAGGCUGUGGCGCUAUAAUAAAUACUUUUUUUUUACCAA